UUCGCAUCUUUGCUGUAUAUUAUGAUUACAUCCUGAGAACAGAUUUACAAACAACAGUCUUAUGUUUUUCAGAGGUUGAAUUGUUCCAGGUUGCAAUUCCUUUUUUGACGUUUGAAACGUUCGUUAGGUGGCCUCAUAUCAUUCGACAUUAUUUGUGUUCUCAUCCCUCAGCCACCAGAAAAUGACAACGCUAACAAGACAAGACCUCAAUUUUGGACAAGUGGUGGCUGACAUCUUGUGUGAGUUUUUGGAAGUGGCUAUUCAUCUCAUCCUCUAUGUACGAGAGGUGUACCCAUCUGGAAUAUUCCAGAAGAGAAAGAAAUACAAUGUACCUGUACAGAUGUCAUGCCACCCAGAGCUGAACCAAUACAUCCAUGAUACUCUUCACUGUGUAAAACCCCUCAUUGAGAAGAAUGAUGCAGAAAAAGUGGUGGUGGUCAUCAUGGACAAAGAGCAUCAUCCAGUUGAGAGAUUUGUCUUUGAGAUUUCACAGCCUCCUCUUUUAUCCAUCAGCUCUGAUACAUUGCUGUCACACGUGGAACAGUUACUGAGGGCGGUUAUCCUGAAGAUCAGUGUAUGUGAUGCACUUCUGGAAAACAACCCACCGGGAUGUACGUUUACAGUGCUGGUCCACACCAGGGAGGCUGCCACCCGCAACAUGGAGAAGGUUCAGGUCAUCAAGGAUUUUCCAUGGAUAGUUGCAGAUGAGCAGGAAGUACACAUGCAGGAGCCCAGACUCAUACCCCUGAAGACCAUGACAUCAGACAUUGUGAAAAUGCAACUGUACGUGGAGGAGAGGGCACAAAAGGCUUCAUAGAUCAAGCUUGACAAAAAAAGAUUGCAAUCUGCACUGCAGCUGCCACAAUAUAAUCAACUAGUUGAGGUGUGCAUUUGGAAAAGUGGGGAUUUCUGGAUCUUCAUUCUAAUGCUUGAACUGUGAAAACUUUGAGAAAAAUACAGUUUUUUGUCAUAGUUUGACUUUUGACAAGAGGGGAUAGGCAGAGUCAGUUAUCGGUUCAGCACUGUAUCAUUGCUCAUCACAAUGAUAAUCAUUUCGUAUGUACAUAGUUAUUACAGCAAAGCCUAAGGGGUAUUAUCUGUGGUAUAGUGGGCAUUUGUGUUCCCAUUCUAUUUGUUUCCAGUUGGUGUAUAAAGCAAUGUUUAAAUGUACCAGUGGCUGCGUUUACACAAGCAGCCCAAUACUGAUAUCUUUUCCCCUAAUUGGUCUUUUGACCAAUCACAUCUUUUCAC